AUGGCUGCAGCCAAUAGAGCUGAACUCGAAGCAUUGGAAGCAUCAUUGCAACAAUUCCGUGUGAACGAGCUUCAUAUUUUACUGUCAUCAUUCAAGUGUCCGAAAUUAGGGAAAAAAACAGAACUUGUGCAGCGCUGUAUUAAUUUGCUGCAAAACGCUCGUAAUCAGGCUGCAGUAAUACAAAAGAUUCGUGAAAUUAGUUCCAGUCGACGUUACAGUGCAUCAAGCGCACCCUCAGUACUCAUGUAUAAUCAUGUGGAUGGCAACGGUGUCAUGAAUGGUUACAAUCCUGUAAUGACAUUAUCAUCUGCAUUGAUGCAACAACAGUAUAUCAGUACACAUAAUCCGUUUUCAUCACAAGUGGUUCAGACUAGAAGUUUGAACAUUGCUGAUUUACCAUUUUAUGACAAACAACAAACAUUACUUGAACUUUCUGAAUUGCCGGCAAAUAUAUCGGGUAUUAGAUCAACAUCUCGUUUGGCUUUCACAUUUGCUAUCCCACCGAAUAUUAUGCCACAUAUUUCUUAUCGAAAUGAGUCUACGGCCUUGCCACGUACUGAGCUACAACUACGAUUCUUUCUAUUGGACCAUUCGGCUGAGCAACACGAUGAUUUCCCACCGAAUUGCAAUGUGAAAAUAGACGAUGUUCCUGUUACUCUUCCGAAUAUUAUCCCAACGAAUAAACCAAAUGCGGAACCGAAAAGACCAAGUCGUCCGGUGAACAUAACUCCCUAUUGUCAGCCACCACGAGAUGCCAUGAGGCCGCAUCGAUUGGUGGUAGAGUGGUCUGCAGAUAAACGCUCUUGGGCAGUCGGCAUUUAUGUCGUAAAAAGACUUACCUCCGAUAUAUUGCUUCAACGCCUGUUAGAUAAUCUCGCUACUCGUCGUAAUGCCGAAGAAACAAAACGUGUGAUUAGAAGUCGCUUAUCUAGCGAUGAUGAUGCAAUACAAAUGGAAACGUUGAGAAUGUCUUUAUUGUGUCCUCUUGGAAGAACGCGAAUGUUAAUACCGGUUAAAGCAUACGAUUGCACACACUUACAGUGCUUCGAUUUAUCAAAUUUUUUAAAGAUGAAUGAAAAACGACCGACUUGGAAAUGUGCUGUUUGUAAUAAUGGUGCACCUUACAAGAAACUAGUUAUUGAUGGCUACUUUGAAACGGUUCUGAAAGAUACAACCUCAAAAAUCACAGAAGUUGAGCUAUUGCAUGAUGGUGGUUGGCGAGCAGUUGAUGAGGAGGAUAAAUCUGCUUCUGAUAAUGACGAAGAAAUAAGUUCUUCAAACGAUUCAAAAAGCCAUUCUAAAAACAUUAAGAACAGUGCAUUAAAUAACGGUAAUCGAAUGAAUGCAGUUGUAGAUGUUGAUGUCAUAAUUCUAGACAGUGACGACGAUGAUGAGGUUCUACAGCAAUUGCCGUCGCAAAAUUCUGCAAGUAGAGUUCAAAGACGGAACGUCACCCCUUCGGUUGUAUGCAUCGACCUUGAUGACAGUGAUCCAGUGGAUCUAUCACCGCACACAUGUCAGGCAUCCCGCAUAUCUUCCACUCCUUUACCAUUCAACAGCAAUACAUCAAUGGUGGCAUCCACAUCAUCAGCAUCGGUAACUGGCUCAACGGUUGGAAGUUCUACUCAGAUUAGUAGCAGUCGUCCUAUCAUGCACUACCAACAGCAGCAGCAGCAAUCACCACAUCCGAGUCAAUCAAUGCAAUAUUUUGCAAAUCCUACGGUACCGCUAGUACCGCCACCUGAUACUGUAACAAUGGGUACUGGUAAUGCCAAUUAUUUCCAUUCUUUCGAACAGCUAUAUCCAUACUAUCAGCAGGAUUUCAAUACCCGUUUAAUUGCUGAAGAACUGCGGCAGUUUAUGGCCAAUAUUCAACAGUCAACAAAUGCACCCAGUUUUCCUAGAUACUCAUCGUAA